AAUAUUUUCAGUAAAAUAGUCGCCAUGAUUGCCAGUACCAAUACUUUCUAAAAUUCGUGGCAGCAUGGCCGUUGUGACUGGCGAGAUAAAACCGAACAAUUUUUACGUAAGCAUCCGGGAAAAGCUCAAAUAUCAUGUGCAGCUCUUUAAUUUCCGGCGUUUUCUGCUGAGCAAUGUGCCCAUUAAUGGGGCUUACUGUCAUAGCAACAGUGAAGGCAGAAGAAAGCAUGGAAUCGGCUGACUACUCUGCAUUGAGGCCGAAAAGAAAUGGCCAUGCGGCCAAGAAAUCCAAAUGCUUUGCACUUAAUGCCGUUGUUUGCAUAUUAGUAGCCAUAAUCAUUAUUGGGCGGUUUCUGGAAUUCAAAGGGAAAUCAAAUGCCUUUUCAAUGAAAAUCCGAAACAAUGGAAGCUAUGCAGAGCUACAGAAAUCUGAAAUCAAGACCUUAGAAUUUCUGCAACUGAAUUCGUCUCUAAAGUCGGAGAACGAGCGUUUAGCGAGCGAGUUGAGUAGCCUUCGCACAAGGCUGGAUGGCGCUGCUGAAUGUUUCCCCAAUGGUAGUGAUAAAUUGGAGGUAGGAGCCUUGCAUUUAGCUUGUCUGCAAGAAGUACUUGUGCUUGGAAAGAAAAAAAUAGUUCUGACUCACAGCAAAGAUGAAGAUGUGGCCUUGACUACCUGCAGUGAAGAGAAACAGAAACAGAGUGAUCAGAUUGGAGAUCUAAAGCGAGAAAUGGAUGUUCUGGGGGACCGUCUGCGACAGUCCGUUGAGUUUUUGCCGUUACAGGACGUAAAAAUGGGAUCCAUAGAUGAAGAGGAUCGGACCUGGUUCAUGAGCACAGUGCGGGAAAGAUCAGAAAAUGGAAACCCUGAGCUGUCUUAUUUCCCUUCGGAGGGUUCUAACGGGAAAAUCCUGUGCCUUAAGGGCGGGAACAGGGGCAACGGCACUCUCAAUUCAUAUGCAUUCGCAUGGCCAAAUUACCUGCCGCCUAAUUCCAGUCUUGUUGCAGGGCUCUCCUUGAUAUCCGACAGCUUCUAUGAUUAUGGAAAUCCAUGGCACAGUAUGAGCUCGUUGAUUGUCGCUGCGUCAUGGCGAAUGGAGAACCAGUGUGAGGCGCCUCAAAGAUUUGUUCUUUAUCACAACGGAGAGCUUGUAACAUCAAUGGGGUCCUAUAUUUCCAGUGUGUUGCUUGCUGCUUUGGAUCGUCAUGUGCAUAUACAGGAAAUAGGGGACUCGCCUCUCUGUUUUGAAAAAGCUGUGGUGUACCGCAGAGGCCUAGGGCACAUGUCGUUGCCAAAAAGAAUCGCGCUGUUCGACAUGAUCCGUUGCAAAGCACGGAAAUUCUGCAACAUAGCUGAAAGCCAGCCGAUCAUCGAUGGGAUUCGAACCAUAAACGUCACUCUUGUUUCCCGAACCGGGCCGAGGUCAUUUAAGAAUGAAUCCGUGGUGGCGUCGGCGGUUGCAGGGGAAUGCAGCAAGGUCCCCGGCUGCAAAUUUCGCCUUCUUCGCUCAGUCAAUCUAAGCUUUUGUGAACAGGUGGAAGCCAUGAGCAAGACUGACAUAUUGGUUACUGCUCACGGAGCGCAGAUAACAAACAUGGUGUUCAUGGAGAAGGGGAGUAGCGUGAUGGAGAUGUUCCCCAAGGGCUGGUUGGAAGGAGCGGGCGCGGGACAGUACGUUUUUCAGUGGCUUGCAAACUGGGCAGGGAUGAAUCAUGAGGGCAGUUACAGGGAUUCCCAAGGUCCCGAUUGCCCCAAUCCCCAGGAACGGCUCCCCUGCUUUUUGUUUCACAAAGAUAGACAGGUGGGACACAACCAAACUUUUUUGGCGCAAUGGACUUCUGAGGUGCUUACCAAGUUUCAGAACAGAACCUCUUUUGAGACUUCCCAACCAAGCACCUGCCCCUGUACUUGAGAUAUUUGGAAAGGUAGUUAAAAAUUGUUUGUAACAAGUUGAGAUCAAGAGUUAAAAGACUUGUAGAAUAACCCUUCAAUUCAAUUCAAGCAGCUUGUUAGAGUAACAACUAUAGUUUGAGGGCUUGUAACAAGUUGAGAUCAAAUCUCCACAUACACAGGUUUGGUCAAGAGAGCUCUUUAUAUUUCCAGCCCUUAGUUUCAUGCAAUUCUUUGAAGUAUAUAUACAUAUAUUUCGAAGCGAAGUGGAACCCCCCUCAAAUUUAUGAGGUGCACGCUUUUUCUAUAUAAACCACAAUAAGCAACUCAAGUAGAUUUAGGGCAGUUGUUCAAGGCUGAAGCUAUUCUAGCUUCAAAACAAGACUUUUCGUACAGUGUGUUAGUGACAGGUUAGUCAAUCGCAACCGUUAAUUGCAAAAUCGACAGUGUAAAACGCGCGACUAACACGCAUGUUAGUCACUCUGUACUGUCUUUUUGGAGCCAGAAUAGAUGCGUUCGUUGCCCAACAGUUGUUCAUUAGUUUUAUGUUUCAUUAAAUAAGAAACAGUAUGGUUUAUUUUGGAUGUUGA